GCGUUGGAAAUAUUUAUUCAUUAGAAACUCCAUUGGUUGUUUAUAGAAACUUAGAGAAUAUAUAUUGGUUGGAUUUUGAAUUAUGUACAAAGGAUUUGUUUACAAUGAUUCCGAAUUUAAAAACAUUGGGAGUUGAUUGUGGAUACUAUGUUAAUAGUCCAGAUCGUUUUUAUGAUUUUGUGCACUUGGAGCAGCUUGAGAAACUGAGCAUAAGGUCGAUGGAACUCAACGUUGAUAUUUGUAGCCUUCCAUGGGCAACUAGUUUACCAAAUCUUAAGAAGCUCAGCCUCUUGAAGUCUUACCUGCAGUGGAGUGAGCUGAGUGCUAUUAGUUUGUUGCCUAAUCUGGAGGUUCUAAAAUUGAUAGAUGCUUGUGAAGGGCCAGAGUGGGAGGCAUCUGAUGGAGGGUUUCAUCGAUUGAAGAGGUUGGUAAUUAAAAAAACAAAUUUUCGAUGUUGGAAUGCUGUGGGUGACUAUUUCCCUAUGCUCGAAUGUUUAGAGAUAAGUGAGUGCUAUCGGUUGGAAGAAAUCCCUCGUGGUUUUGCCGAUAUCAUCACACUUGCAUUGAUUCAGUUAAGCGAAUGUAGGGAUUCCCUUGUGGCUUCUGCAAAGCGGAUUAAAGAUGAGCAACAGAGCUAUGGAAAUGCUGCACUCCUUGUUCGCUCCAAAAAUAUUAGACUUACAAAAUAUGGUAAUAUGGUUGAGGAGGAAGUGAUCUGAUUAAUGAAUGAAUAUAGAGCAGUAGAUAAUGCUGGUUAGAUGCUGAGGAUCGGAGUUAUGGUGCUGGAAGAUUAAAAGGAGUUGUGAUGCUGUUGAAUGCUGGCGACAACUGAUAGUAUUAUAGGUGUCUUGGACAACAUUUUGUGAGAUAGAUCUUUGUACUUGAACACAAAAUUAUGUACUAUGUUGACUAUGUCCUUAAAUUCUAAAAAUUAUAUCAAUGUUUCCUUAGAUUUCCA